AUGCGUCCCCCUGAAGACUUUGAGCUGGAGGCACUCAUCGACAAUGAAGAGGCCGAUGAUCUCCUCUCAGCACCAGAUGCUCCACUGUCUAUGCCUGCAUCGCCAGACUUCGGCGCUCAUCACCACCACCACCAGCCCAAAUGGCUCACCCAGUCCCGCCAUCGGUCCUGGAUCCGAUCCAUUCCUCCCAGAAUCAUCGCAAGAGUCUGGCCUCUCCUCCGGCCUCGCCUAACAUGGCGCUACGUCCUCUCCUCUCUCGUCACCCUCUACAUCCUCUUCUGCUUCAUCACUCGCCAGCCGCUCCUCGCCUCCAACCUGCCGGGCUACACAGGGACGUAUGGGGUAGGCGCCGUCGAUGUUGAGGUGCCCCUCCCCGGAGGCACCAAGCGCAUCUCGGAAGCCGCCUUCAAGAGUUCCGGAGAUGCCGCCUUCGAGGUUGAGACCGUCCUCGUCUCCAUCUACUACCCAACCAGCCGCGAGUAUCGCUCCCCCAAGCCGCGGUACUACUGGAUCCCCAAGCCCGUCAGCCUGACUGCGGCAGGAUAUGCCAAGCUCGCCCAUGUAGACAACUUCAUCAUGCGCCCAAUUUUCACUUUCUUCCUCUGGGCUGUGGGCGGAGGCAUCACCAUCCCCGCCGAGGUAGACGCACCACUGCUCAGCGCAGACGAGAUCAUCGUGCCCACCACCUCCUCUCUCAAACAUCGCGAUGACGCUCCUCACAACACAACCUUCCCCAUCACCGUCUUCUCCCACGGCAUGGCCAGCUCCCGCACCGACUACACCAACUUCCUCGGCGAGCUCGCCAGCCGCGGCCACAUCAUCGCCGCAGUUGAGCACCGAGACGGCUCCUGUCCCGGCUCCCUCGUCAAGCUCGACCCCAAGGACCCAGGCCGCCGCGUCCUCCCCCUCCGCCAGUCCGACCUCAGCGAGCCCAUGGAAACUCCGGACCUCAAAAGCACCCAGCUCGCCUUCCGCGACGCCGAGAUCCUCGGCGCCGUCCACCUCCUCCGCAGCAUCAACGCCGGCGACCCCAUCCCCAACUCCCGCGCCGCCCUCACCACCCUCCCCUCCUGGGCCGGCCGCCUCAACCUCGACCUCCUCACCAUCGCCGGCCACUCCUACGGCGCUACCGGGGCCCUCCAAGCCCUCACCACCGUCGCCGGCCCCAACUCCUCCUCCUCGGGCGACGAAGACACCCUCCCAGCCUCCGCGGGCAUCAUCCUCGACCCGGGCAAGGGCUCCGGCCCCCUCAACCACAACACCACCCAGCCCCUCCUCGUCAUCCACUCCAACUCCUGGUCCCGCCCCUCGAGCAUCCUCUUCCACGGCCGCCCCCACUUCGACACCGUCCGCGACCUCGUCGCCUCCAGCCCUUCCCCUUCCUGGUUCCUCACUGCCAUCGGCACCUCCCACCCCAGCGUCACCGACGCGCCCCUCCUCGAGCCCCUUCUACUCAGCUGGACCACGGGAGCCGGCCUCGACGUCAGGGGCGCCCUGGCAGAGUACGUCGCCGCCGCCGCCGACUUCCUCGCCUUCGUCCCCACGGGUUCCGUCAGGGAGGGCUCCGUCCUCGCCCAGGCCGCCUCGCAUCGCGAGUACGAGAAAUGGGUGAGCAAGGAGAGGGAGGAGGAGUUUCCCAAGGCCAUGGCCAAGCUGUGGGAAGUCCACGUCAGUCCGGAGACGAAGCAAGGAUAG